AUGUUUCACCUAAUUCGUCGAGGAAGAGAAAACCUUCGACUUCUCACGAAGCAAUCGUUCGCCAUAAAGACUGACGCGACAGGAAGAAAGUUUGUUUAUCAGGCGGCUGACAAAUUAGAUAAGAACCAUAGAGGCCAUGACAACGCAGACGAUUCCCCAGGUGAAGGACGUAUGUAUGAACAAGACGGCCCAUUGUGUCCAGUGAUGGAAUUUGAACUUUAUUUAGCAAAGCUGAAUCCGAAACAAUCUUGUUUAUGGCAGAAGCCUAAAGCAAAGGAACAUUUUAAAGAGACCGACGAAGUCUGGUACUGUAAUGUUCCUGUUGGUAAAAACACUUUAGGUACUUUAAUGAGUCGGAUUUCCAAAGAGUUGGAACUUUCACAAACAUAUACAAAUCAUUGUAUUAGGACGACAGCCGUCUCGUUACUUGACGAGUGUAAUUUUGAAGCUCGUCAUAUUAUGCGUGUUUCUGGGCAUAAAUCUGAGAGCAGCAUUCGCUCGUAUUCCAGACGACUCUCAGAG